UUCUCGAGAAUCAACUGCUGGCCUUCCUAAAAUUACAAGAAAAGGGGUGGACAGAAAAUAGGGAUCACAUUUUGUGCAUGGAAUGGUAUUGCCAUGUUCUGAAUAACAACUUCAAAAAAUCAGAUGCUGAGAGGAAGGCAUCCAACAGACUGGAGAUAAAACCUGCAACGCAAUCCUCGUGGAAAAUGAAGGAGGCAAGCCUCAUGCUGCUCUUCUUUGCAUUGUUCUUCCAAACAGCCUCUGGAAACACAUCUCCAAUCAUACACAUGACUUUAAUUAAUUUAAGAGAGGACAUACCAGUUGGUCAUUAUGCCUUCACAAUUCAAGCAAGUGAUGCAGAGAAUGAUCCUUUGACCUUCAGCAUCAAUGGAGAGAACAGGUUUUACUUCAGUGUAAAUCCAAACUCAGGAAUUGUUCACAUUAAGUCUCCUCUUGACAGAGAGGAAAAAGUUACCUUUAAUGUGGAAUUAUCAGUUUAUGAUGGAAUGAAUGAUGCUGUUAGAAAAACUUUGAUUGUGAUUCUGCAUGAUGCCAAUGAUAAUCGGCCCAUAUUUGUUGAUGCGCCAUUCAAUAAAGAUGUCUCUGAGAAUACAGCAGUGGACACAGUUCUAUUCCAGGUAACCGCCAGAGAUGCAGACUAUGGGCUGGCAUCACUUGUGAGCUACAAAAUUGAUGAUGUUGUGCCAAAUGAUGGUAUGAAUCUUUUUUCCAUUUCUGAGAGGACUGGAGAAGUUAAAUUGAUUGGCAGAUUGAAUUACACGAGCAAAAGCACUUUUUAUCAGUUGAAGAUCAAUGCAUCGGAUGGCGGGGGGCCUCUCUGGCAUUCUCACGUCUUUCAGUCGAGUGUUGCUUUUGCCUUCAUCACUGUCAUCGAUGUCCCGGAUCUGGUGCCUCAGUUUUUAAAUGUUCCAUAUUCAGUCACAGUCAAUGAGCAUACCACUGUGGGCCAAACAGUGUUCCAAGUGCAAGCCAUAGAUCCUGACACAGGAGUAAAUGACAAGAUCCGCUUCAAAAUUCAAAAUUCAAAUGUGCCUGAUCUUUUUGAAAUUGAUGAGGAAAGUGGAAACAUACUUGUCAAAACUAUAUUUGACCGUGAAGAUUUACUGUAUAUGAAUGCUGUUGUUAAACUGCAAGUGUUGGCAAGUGAAACUAAACCAAAUGUUUAUGGAACUAUUUCCAACACCACAACAGAUGUGCAAAUCAACAUUGGAGACAUUAACGACAACAAGCCCAGGUUUUACAACUGUCCACCUGAAUGUAAUUUCAAAGAGGAAGUGCGACACUUCAGAGGAAUCACCAAUGAGCAGUCUUCUGUAGGUGUGCCUGUUGGAGAUCUAAACAUUAUUGCCAGAGAUUUGGAUGAGGGGGUAAAUUCCAGAUUUGAGCUGCAUCUUCAAGGACCAGACAAAGAUGCAUUCUCUGUGUCUCCUCCUUGGGCCAUAUCAAGCAGUCCAGUGCAAAUCUUCAUCAGAAACCCCAGUGAUGUUGACUAUGAAAAAAAGAAAACCAUGAUUGUUGAGAUUGUUGCCAUUGACACUUCCAAGACUGCGGACUGCUGCUCCACUGCUGUGGUCACCAUCCAGAUCAAAGAUAUAAAUGACAACAACCCAGCUUUCAAGAAUGAGACAUAUUAUUUAGAAGUGGAUGAACACAGCCGAACUGGAAAAGUUGUUGCCACGAUAACAGCUAUAGAUCCAGACACAGAGGAUGUUGGAAAAAUCACUUACAGGCUUCUGCCAGAGAGUAUACUGAAAUAUUUUGAUGUCAACCCAAAAAGUGGCAGGAUCAAAGUAAAGAACAACAGACUGCUGGAUCGGGAAGUUCGUGCCGUAUAUUCUGCUACUCUUCAAGCGAUAGACAGUGCCGAGAACAUGGGAACCACAGUCCUGGAAAUCACACUUAACGACAUUAAUGAUAAAAUACCAACUAUGGCCAGAGAUUCUUACAUUGGCUUUGUGAAAGAGGAAAGUAAUGCUGAACUUCAGCUUCAAAUACAGGCUUUUGAUGGAGAUGAACCAGGAACAGACAACAGUGAGAUCAAGUACAAGAUUGAAAAAAGUCACUUCAGUGGAAACUUCAGCAUCAAUGCAAGAACUGGAUUGCUAAAAAACAAAGGACCUCUGGACCGAGAAUCCAUUGAAGCCACAGCCAAUGGAGUAAUUCAACUGAAUGUGACAGCCUCCGAUAUGGGUCACCCAUCUCUGUCUUCAUGGGUCACGGUCACUAUUAAUGUUGAGGACAUGAAUGACAACACACCAACGUUUAAAUCUUCCAGUUAUGAGUUCUAUGUCAGUGAAAGUGAGAAAGGCAUAUUUGUGGGCUCUGUGUUUGCCCAUGACAUGGAUCAAACUGAGAUGAACAACCGUAUAUCUUUCCGCAUUGCUGAUGGCAGCUUUGGGAACUUCCUCAUAAUUGCGUACUCUAAAGGAAAGGACCAGGGCUACAUGGGCAACAUCACAGUUGACCCUGACAUUGCACUAGAUUAUGAGCAGCACAGGAUGUCAUAUAACCUCAAAAUUGAGGCCACCGACCUGGGUCAGAAAAGUGAUGUUGUACUAGUGACUGUGAAUGUCAUGGACGUGAAUGAUGAAUGUCCAACAUUUCCACAUGUGAUGAUAAUGAAUGUCAAGGAGAACACAACUGGCCUUGGUGAGGUGGGGAACAUCGUAGGAGUUGAUGUGGAUACAAAUCACUCUUUGAUCUACAAGCUGCUCACUUCCAGUUGCAGGUGCAGUGGUAUCAUGGGACCUUGUGAAGAGGAAUGGUUCAAACUGGAAACCACCGGGGCUGUGGUGGUAAAUGAGAAAUUUGUGAUUGACUAUGAAAUGUGUGACCAGGUGCAAAUGGAAGUCCAAGCAGUAGAUGUCUUCACAGAGAAAGGAGAGAACCACAGUAUUCCAGAAAAACUUACGAUCUACAUUGAUGACAUCAACGACAACAUUCCUAGAUUCAUAAUCUCAGAGACUUUGUUUGUUGUGGUGACCGAAGGAACUGAAAAAGGGACUGAGGUUGCAAGAGUUGCUGCAAAUGACUUGGAUUCUGGAAAGAAUAUGAAGAUAAAGUUUGAAGUUCUUGCAGUUGAAAUUAUCUAUGCCGAUAAUCGCAGGGAGUCUAUGGGAAAAAUAUUUUAUGCUGAAACCACUACACGGACAAAUGACUACCUUGGAACUAUCAGGUCCUUAGGCACCUUGGACAGUAAUUUAAAAGGCCAGUACUUAGUAACAGUUCAGGCAAAAGACUGUGGAGAACCACCACUGGAAACGACUACAAAGCUUAUGAUUUAUACUGUUGACAAAUCAUUCCGUGUUGGCCUUCGCUUUGAAUCUCGAGUGGAUGAGAUCAACAGAAACAUUAAUUCAAUUAGAGGGGCUCUAAUAGCAGCCACCAGAGCAACAGUUCAUAUUAUAGAAAUUGUCUCAGAAAGCCAGGAACAAAGGGCCUCCGGGGUGACUUUGUUGGGAUCCUAUUUUGUAUACCCAAAUGGGAGUGCAAUCAAUUCUGAUGAUGUUGAAAGGAUUCUACAGGAGGACUUCUAUCAUGCCAACAUCCUGCAAAAGUAUGGACUAACAUACAUUGUAUCUACUGGGCCAGAAGUGAAAGAAUUUGAUCCUGUAUUGCUAGCUUUGAUUUGCUUGGUAGCAAGUCUCUUGAUUGCACUGGUUGUCAUGUUGAUGUCAUUUGUUUAUACUCAGAGGAGCUACAAGAGGAAAUUAAAGGCAGCUAAAGCCAUGAAUUCAGCUGCAAAGGUGUCAACAGAGAAUCACAAGCCAAGGGCUGUGGUGCCUGGGACCAACAGAUACACAAUUGAGGGAGCAAACCCUGUGCUGAAUUUGAACUUUGAAAUGACCACAGACCUGGGCUUCGAUGAGGAUGGAGACAGAAUAAGUCUUAACUCAUUUGACCUUGAUUUGGACAUGACUGAAAAAGACACAGUGCCCAUGAUGAUUAUUCAAGAGGAGGAAGAGGAGAAUGGCAAUGAAUUCCAGCAUAUUGAACCCCUGACAGCAGCCCUUGCCCAGCUAGAAAUGGAGAAGGGAUGCUGGGAAAAUAACAGCUUUGUGAACCCUGCCCUCAGCACCACAGACCUUUGAAUGUAGUCCUUUCUGUUUCUGUCCAGAGGGCAGGCAAACAGAUCUCCUGUCCAAAAUAUCUUUAAUAUCCAUUUAACUCUGGUUGCAGUCAGACUUUUGUAUCCUUUAAGUGAUCAGUUUCAUAUUAUAACUAACAUUUAAUUCCUUUGGACAGAAAAGCUACAUAUUACUUUCCUGUGUAGUUUGCUGCAGACUCCAUUGAUUCAAUAAAACUUCAUUACCCAGCAUGACAUGAGGAAAAGCUGUUAGAAAAUGCAGACUUUUAUCUUCUAAUCGAAAAAGGAAAGCCCAUUACAAGCUGUUGGCCUCAGUGUAAUACACAGGAUGUUACUCAUACAUUUAUAUUUUAGUCACCGUAUAACUGUUGAAGGUUACUCCCAAUCAGCACACUCAAACCCCAUGCAAAAGUGAAAAGGGGACCCACCCCUCUUAAAUGUAACCGCAUGGCCCGCCCCUGUUGAAUCUCCCUUCAUAGACAUGUUGCCUAACCACAAAUACUGGACUAAGACAGAAAAGUGGACAUGAACCAAUAACAGUUAAUGUUUUCUUGUGAAGACUUAAAAAUGAAUUCCCUUCACAGACAUGCAGGAAUGUUUCCUUCAGUGGGGUGCUGGGAACAGUGCCAUGGCCAGGAUUUUAUUUCUCAGUUGCAGAAUGUGUAUGCUGUAUAUCUGUAAAGUUUACAUUACAUCGCCAAAAAGAAAAAUAUAUAAUUACAACCACCUAUAAUGCAGCUAUGAUAUGGCACAACAUUUUUCAUAAUUUACAGUAAGGGUAAUGUACUGUUCAUGUCUCUGGUACUCAGACAUCACUAACAUAUACUGGAAUAUAUUUGACUAAUCACCAGCAGUUUUAAUCCACUUGCCGAGUGUACUUAGCUACCUGUAAACAAACUGUGGUUUUCUAAUCAAACUUAUGAAAGGUAAAUUAAACAGAUUAAUUGUGGGUUACCUUUUUUUCAUGCGGUCACAAUUACAUUUACAUGUGUGUUGACUUUUCAUAGUGGAGAGACCAGCAUAACUGUAUAUAUUUCACUGUAUUGUCAAAACGGUGCUGUUCAUCUUAAAAAUGGCUUUGGAAGCGA